CCCUCUUGUAGGGCCAUGAACCUAAAACAAGUCUAUGUUUCUGUACUGAUGUUUGGAGUAGCAGGUCUGCUCCUUUUUAUGUAUCUGCAAGCCUGGAUUGAUGAACAACAUGCAGAGUCUGAAGAAAAUUUAAAACAGCAGAUAAUUAACCAGAACAUCAAAUUCUAUUGUACAGAAGAACCUACAAGGGCACAAAAAAAUUUGAUCACUUCUCAGAAGCUUGACAGAUCAAGUACGGUUCUGAGUGAGACUGUGUCUUCCCAGGCAGAUGCUAACCCCUUUCUAGGGAUGGCUGCCUCCCUGACUCUUGAAUUAUCCGAGGAGCAGCAAAAGAUCAAAUUGCUUCUUAAACAGUUCAAGCAAGUGAAUUUAUCUCCAGCAGUGCGCCCUCUGAACAAGAGUUUCAUCAAAGAUGACCGCUGGAAAGCCACAGAUGAAGUUCAGGAGAAACGAAGAGCUUCCCUUUAUAAUUUCUGCAAAAAACACAUUAAAGAAAGCAGACCUGUGAUUCACCUUAUGCGCAUGGUAUCCAGAAUAUAUGUGGAAGAUAAACACAAACUCUUGUAUUGCGAAGUGCCUAAGGCAGGCUGUUCUAACUGGAAAAGGGUUUUGAUAGUACUCAAUGGUCUUGCCAAAUCAACGUAUAAUAUUACCCACAAUGCUGUGCACUAUGGAAAGCAUUUGAAGAAACUAGACAGUUACGAUUUAAAAGGGAUACACAUGCGUUUAAAGACAUACACAAAAGUUAUAUUUGUACGGGAUCCCAUGGAAAGAUUAGUGUCUGCAUUUAGAGAUAAGUUUGAACACCCAAACAGCUACUACCACCCUGUAUUUGGGAAGUCAAUUAUUAAGAAAUACAGACAUAAUGCAGAUGGAGAAGCAUUGACAACAGGCUCAGGAGUGCAGUUCAAAGAGUUUGUUCAGUAUUUGUUAGAUUCCCAUCGUCCAAUAGGGAUGGACAUACACUGGGAGCAGAUCAGCAAAUUGUGUCAUCCUUGCAUUAUCAACUAUGAUUUCAUCGGAAAAUUUGAAACUUUGGAGGAAGACGCCAAUUAUUUUUUGAGACUAAUAGGAGCUCCAGAAGACCUGACCUUUCCUAAUUUCAAAGAUCGACAUUCCACUGAUGAAAGAACAAAUUCAGAAGUUGUGCAACAAUACCUAGCUGAGGUUUCUGCCAUAGAGAGACAGCUGAUUUAUGACUUUUAUUCUCUGGAUUAUUUAAUGUUUAACUAUAGUGCACCAUAUGUAGAGCCCUGAUUUGGUUUAGUUCAAUGCUUAAGCAGUUUUACUUUGCAACUCUUGAGUGAAAGAAACAU